GUAUUUUUUACGUUUGUCAUUUGCUAUCCGUAAAAUUAUUUAAAGCUGGUGAAGUCUCCUAGAAAAUUCAUUUGUGAAAAUUCGCGAAACUAUAAGAAGUCGUGUACGGCGUUAAAUUUAAUAAAUUAUCGUAAAGGAAUUGUUAUUUGUGGAAAAAAGAAAUAGAAUAUCAAGAUGCCUAUUACCUUGCAAUCUUCCGACAACGAAAAUUUUGAGACCGACGUGCAAAUCGCAAAAUGUUCGGGAACAAUAAAAACAAUGCUGGAAGAUUGUGGCAUGGAUGACAGUGAAAAUGCUACAGUACCAUUGCCGAAUGUAAAUUCAGCUAUACUACGCAAGGUACUUACCUGGGCAACCUAUCACAAAGAUGAUCCCCAACCAACCGAAGAUGAUGAAAACAAAGAAAAACGUACCGAUGAUAUAUCAUCAUGGGAUGCUGAUUUUCUAAAAGUUGACCAAGGCACAUUGUUUGAAUUAAUUUUGGCCGCUAAUUAUCUGGAUAUAAAGGGUCUACUAGAUGUAACAUGCAAAACUGUUGCUAACAUGAUCAAAGGCAAAACUCCAGAGGAGAUUCGCAAAACUUUCAAUAUCAAAAAUGAUUUUACACCAGCCGAAGAAGAACAAGUGCGUAAGGAGAACGAAUGGUGUGAGGAAAAAUAAGAAUGUUAACUGUUAAUUUAAGUAAUAUUUUCUAAAUACCUUCACUCUUAUAAUAACAUAUGUAUGUUUAAACAGAAACAGCAGUGCUAACAAUAUACAACAAUAAUCAGUUUGAAAUUUUAAUCAAAAUUGAAGUUUUGCUGAGAUUACACACAAACUCGAUUAACAGUAAAAAGAAAAGAAAUAUUAGAAUAAAUGUGAUUUAUCCAUAAAAA